CUAUAAUUGGAACCCACUUAUUACGCACUCAGCGACGCGGAUCGCGAAGUGCAAGCAUUGCGACGACAGCACGACACGACGUUCUCCCAGUGCGCCGGUCGUGCAACUGCCGUCCACCAGGGGCCGUGCGGUCGCAAUACUAUCGUUACAGGCUCUCUCAGGCGGUCUGCCUAGUUGACGCCUCACCUCAUUCGUACAGCCCGCAGCGGACAGCUAGCCGAACAGCGCAGCGCAGCCGCAUUUUCAGCCCCAGCCGGAGCUGCAACUACUCUCCGAAUUCCGCCUUUUUUGCGAACGAGUCUGUCUUGGCUUGACACGUCUUUCUCUCUCGAGGCCCAGCUGUUGCCUGCUUGCCUCAUGUUUUGCGCCCUCUCCGUCCCUUCCCUGCUGCAUAACACGUACUCCCAAGCUCGGGGCACCGCCGGAGCGGCCUCGCCUUGCCUUGGCGAUUGCGCACCCUCCACACACUGGCUGUGCGAUUGGAAGUACCUACUAACUUACAAGUUCCACGUCUUCCCUUUUCCACUCCAUGCCACGGUCCUCGCCAUCAGUCGCCCUUUCCCGCACCUCGCGCCCCAAUGACGCUCGCUUCCAAGGUGGUGUCAUCAGUCACAGCAGGAGCGCCUCGCGUCUGGCCCAUCGUCGGCGGCGGGAAUGGCUUCUCGAAACAUGACCGGGAACAACCCUCGCAGCGGGUCGCGACGGCCGCCAAAGCACGACCUGGUCGCCCGUAUCCACAAUAGCGCUCUCCAGACGCCCACGGCCCUCGCCGGCCACUUCGAUGUCUCUAGCUCCAACACCAAUCCCGCCGACUCGUCGAGCUCUUCCGAAUCCGACGCCCACACGCCCCGGCAGCGCAGCUCUCGCCCGCAGCACGCACGCUCUAUGAGCAACCCGUUUCCUUCGCUCUUCAGCAGCACCAGGAAACGGACGCAGGAUCACACGAGCCGCCCCGCACCCGACUUGCACCUUGUUGACGGCGAUGACGUGGGCGUCAUGGUUGGCGCCAACACCGGGAAGCCCAGGCCUGGCGCUUCCGCUGCGACCACCAAGGACUUCGCCACGGGCAACUGCAUGACUUGCGCGUCGCUCGUCAAGUGGCCCAAGGAUCUCAAGGUCUUCAAGUGCACCAUCUGCUCCACUAUCAACGACCUCGUCCCCGCCCAGGGCGACACACGCAGGAACGCAUCGGCCGGCAGGGCUCGCGGCACUGGCAACGAGCUUCCUGGCACGCAUCAACGAGGGGCUCCUAUAUCCCUACAGCACUCCAAGCGCCUGGUGCAGCAGUGCAUCCGCUCGUAUCUCGCCAGGAAGCUGUGCCCGAGGUCACGAUCAAACUCGGACACUGGCUCGGUGAAGCGACCCAGUUCCCCGUCCCACGGCCCCCAACUGCUACCGGGUGAUGCGGCAAGAGGCUACGAGAAGUACCAGCAGGAUGGUCAUGGGCCGCGCACGAGCAAUAGCCAGCCACUGUCCGAAGCCAAGUACGUUUUCGACGAAGAGCCGACCUUGCGACCCAACCCUCUGCGCCAGAACAAUGCCAUGCCUCGGUCCUAUUCCUCAUCCUACCCGGAAAGACCUACACUGGCAGUACCAUCGGUGGAGCCGAGCAGUGGUCGAAGCGGGCCGUCGACAUCUCGAAACGAGAACCCGAAGCGCAUAUUCAAGCCCCUCGAGGACUACAUCGUGUCUUGCUUCGGCUCCUUUGACUGCAUCAACUCGUCCUUCUUGAACCAGUCCAUUCGUCAAGCUGGGCGAGCCGGAGGCGACCACUUGAUCCGAAGGAAGCCUGUUCCUCGUGAAACGCAAUCCGCCCACAAGCCUCUUCCUGAGCUCCCACGUGACGCAUCGUCACAUCCAGACAAUAUGGUUGAGGGGCUAGACCCGAAGAUGCUUCUUCUAGGCGACUUCGCGGAAAAUGGUACCUGGUGGACCGGUGGUCAGCAUGGCGGGAGUGCGGCCAGCGCCCCAUCUGCGGGCAGGACAGAGCAGGUUGCAAAGGCGAUCACCUCAGCCAAGUCUCCACAUAUGAAUUGGCAGGAGCUAGAGGACUGGUAUUCUUCCAUCAUUAACGCGGCUCAGGGCUGGUUUGCGAUCUAUGAAAGCAUCUCCCAGGAUCCCAACUUCCAAAAUCCCGCCGAGCUGGGCCUCGAGGCACUGGAGCGCGACUUACUUGAAGCGCAGGCACAUGUUCAGCGAGUCUUGCUUAAGGCUUCGGAGCUACUCCUCAAAAGACCUGGUCGGCCCAUAUCAGACCCCAGCAAUCUUCGCUUUCUCCUGACACUCAUGGAGAACCCGCUGCUGUACUCUGACGACCGGGUCUUUGAAGGCAUUCUUCAGCAGGAUAGAAACCUGGAUUUCGCGCCUGUUCCAGCUUCGCAAAAGUCUUCAGGCCCCAAGAACGGCGUGCUAUCUGGCCAUCACUCCGGCAUCAUCAAGAGGAUCAUUGGCCUUUUGUCCAACUCGUCAGCAAACUGCCACAACCAGCUCAUAGUCUGGUUCGCCAAGUAUCCUCAGAUGCGCUUUAUUCGCACUAAGGACUUCGUGUCCGGCUUCCUGACAUAUCGCAUGCUUCGCCAGGGACAUAGGACCCAUCGCACCGAGGUAGACAUCACAGCUGGACUAAUACCUGAGAUGCAAGCCGGUAGGUCUGCUGGGGCCUAUCUCUACGACGAAAUUGGAUCCGGCUCGAAGAAGCAGAAAGACACGGACAAGGUAACUGCCUACUCGGAUGACUGGCAGGUCAAGGCUGCAUCUCGUGUUCUCGCUCUGCUCUUCGCAGCCAACAAUCUUCCCGGCAUGAGACACGGAGACGAGGUGGUGACAAGCGGUGGGGACGUCCAGAUUUCCGCAGUGCGCGAUGGGGUGCGUGCUAGCGGACAGAUCCUUCCGACGAGCGACUUUUACAAUCUCAUGAUCGACAAUGCCGAUCUGGUCAAGGAUUUCGAGGCAUGGGAAGCAAAGAGGGCAAAGUUCUGUUUCUGCCAGUACCCGUUUUUGCUCAGCAUCUGGGCCAAAACGAGGAUCCUCGAGUACGAUGCUCGACGUCAGAUGCAGAACAAGGCGCGCGACGCCUUCUUCGACAGCAUCAUGACCCGCAAGAACGUGAAACAGUACCUGACGCUAGACGUUCGCCGGGACUGCCUAGUGGAUGACAGCUUGCAGGCUGUGAGCGAAGUCAUUGGAAGUGGCAGCGAAGACAUCAAGAAGGCCCUCCGAAUUACGUUUGCGGGUGAGGAGGGCAUCGACGGCGGCGGACUGCGGAAGGAGUGGUUCUUGCUUCUUGUGCGCGAGGUGUUCAACCCCGAUCACGGCAUGUUUCUCUACGACGAGGAUUCUCAGUAUUGCUAUUUCAAUCCGUCCUCCUUUGAAACCUCGGAUCAGUUCUUCCUUGUGGGCGUCGUCAUGGGCUUGGCCAUAUACAAUUCAACCAUCCUGGAUGUCGCACUACCGCCGUUUGCGUUUCGCAAGCUAUUAGCCGCGGCCCCGGCCCAUGGCCAGGGUACUUCGGCACACCCGAAACCGUCUAUGAAGUAUACGCUAGAGGAUUUGGCAGAGUACAAGCCGCGUCUUGCGAAAGGACUGAGGCAGCUGCUUGAUUAUGAUGGAGAUGUUGAGGAGACGUUUGCUUUGGAUUUCGUGCUCGAUAUGGACAGAUACGGGACAACGGUGCAGGUGCCGCUCUGCCAUGGCGGAGAGCGUAAGCCGGUAACGAACGGCAACCGACGAGAGUACGUCGACCUCUAUGUCCGCCACAUGCUGGAUGGGUCUGUUUCGCGGCAGUUUGAGCCCUUCAAAAGAGGCUUCUAUACAGUAUGCGGCGGGAAUGCAUUCUCGCUUUUCCGACCCGAGGAGAUUGAGCUCCUUGUGCGAGGCUCGGACGAAGCCCUCGAUAUUUCCUCCCUGCGAGCGGUUGCCGAAUAUGACAACUGGGGUACGCGGCAGCCGGACGGCAAGGAACCCGUUGUCAGCUGGUUCUGGCAAAGUUUCCAGGACGCUACCCCGGUAGAUCAACGCAAACUGCUUCUCUUCAUCACCGGCAGCGACCGGAUACCUGCCAUGGGUGCGGCCAUGCUGCCUAUCAAGAUAUCGUGCUUGGGCGACGAUUGCGGGCGUUAUCCGAUAGCCAGGACCUGCUUCAAUAUGUUGUCGCUUUGGCGAUACCAGUCCAAGGAGCGAUUGGAGGCCAUGCUAUGGCGCGCUGUGCGAGAAAGCGAGGGAUUCGGUCUCAAAUGAGGCGACGCUCUGCUGACGACUUUACGAACCGUAUGGCUGAAUGAUGUGUGUGGGAUACGAAAUUGUUACAGCCAACAUUUGCCACUGAGCAUUCGCGGCAUGGUAGGACAUGGAUGCCACAAAAUAGCAUGGGACGGCGCAGAUACAUGGGGGUUUUGGAUUAUCGGGUCUUCCUGUCCCGUCUCUCUCUUUUUUUUUGUAUGGCUGGCAUAAGAUAGAGGCCUCAGUGGUCACACAUACACCCGA